CUUCCUGCGGAAGCAGCCGCCAGAGCAGUGAGUGUAGCUGCCGCUGCAAUUGACAGGUCUUAAAUUCACCCAGCAGUGCUCUGGGGGCUGUCAGAUGCCUCUGCUACUUAUUUGCCAGGGUCUGGUAACAGAAAGUCUCUCUGCAGACCAGGGAAUGAAACAGAAGUUGCAAGUCUCUGUUGGUUUUUAUAUUGAGGAAUGACUCAUUUUUAGUUGGCUUUUAAAAAGAUCUGAUACAAGAGAGGGAAAGACAGCUUCACAGUGGGACCGUGUUCUUUCCUCGGAAGCUCGGAAGUUGCAGCUGCUGUGAGCCCAUCUCCCUCGGACAUGGCAACAAGCAGCUUUUCCUUUGUACCAUGUGACAGCAAACCGGCAUCCAGACAGCUUGGAGCAUCUGCUGUGGGCAGUUCAUCAGCCAAGGUCGAUCUCAAGAGUGGUCUGGAAGAGUGUGCAGAGGCAUUGAACUUAUUUCUAAGUAACAAAUUUAAAGAUGCCUUGGAAUUGCUUCGUCCAUGGGCCAAGGAGAGCAUGUACCACGCCUUGGGAUACAGUACCAUUGUGGUGUUGCAGGCUAUCAUGACCUUUGAGCAACAGGACAUCCAGAAUGGCAUUUCUGCCAUGAAGGACGCUUUGCAAACCUGCCAAAAAUACAGGAAGAAAUGCACAGUUGUAGAGUCUUUCUCAAGUCUCCUUUCUCGUGGGUCUCUGGAGCAACUGAGUGAAGAGGAGAUGCAUGCCGAAAUCUGUUAUGCCGAGUGUCUCCUACAGAAAGCAGCACUCACGUUUGUGCAGGAUGAAAAUAUGAUCAACUUCAUCAAAGGUGGACUCAAAAUUAGAACAAGUUACCAAAUAUAUAAAGAGUGCCUUUCUAUUCUGCAUGUAAUUCAGAAAAACAAACACGAGCAGCAUUUCUUCUAUGAAUUUGAAGGAGGUGUCAAGCUUGGAACAGGGGCCUUUAAUUUGAUGCUGUCUCUUUUACCAGCAAGAAUUAUCAGAUUGCUAGAAUUUAUUGGAUUUUCUGGAAACAGGGACCUGGGCCUUCUGCAGCUGCGGGAAGGUGCGUCAGGGAGCAGCAUGCGGUCCCCACUGUGUUGCCUUACUAUCCUGGCUUUUCAUACCUACAUCUCCCUGAUUCUUGGUACAGGAGAAGUGAACGUUGUGGAAGCAGAGAGUCUCCUUGCACCCUUCCUUCAACAGUUCCCAAAUGGCUCCCUCAUACUGUUCUACCAUGCCCGAAUCGAGCUGCUGAAAGGCAACGUUGAAAAGGCCCAAGAAACGUUUCGAAAAUGCAUUUCAGUUCAAGAAGAGUGGAAACAGUUUCACCAUCUCUGUUACUGGGAAUUAAUGUGGAUUUAUAUAUACCAACAAAAUUGGAUGCAGGCGUAUUAUUAUUCAGACCUACUUUGCAAAGAGAGUAAAUGGUCCAAGGCGACGUAUGUGUUCUUGAAAGCUGCCAUUUUGAGCAUGCUUCCAGAGGAGGAUGUGGCAGCAACUAAUGAGAAUGUGGUGGCUCUGUUCAGACAGGUAGAUGGCUUGAAGCAGAGGAUCGCAGGAAAAUCUCUCCCAACCGAGAAGUUCGCUGUGAGGAAGGCGCGUCGGUACUCACCAUCCUCAGGUGCCCCGGGGAAGCUCGUCUUGCCAGCCCUGGAAAUGAUGUACGUCUGGAAUGGCUUUUCAAUAGUGGCCAAAAGAAAAGACCUUUCAGAAAACCUCUUGGUGACUGUGGAGAAGGCUGAGGCAGCUUUGCAAACUCAGAACUUUGGUGACUCUGUGGAUGAUGAGUGCUUGGUGAAAUUACUGAAAGGAUGCUGCCUCAAGAAUUUACAGCGGCCCCUGCAAGCUGAGCUGUGUUUCAACCACAUUAUAGAAAGUGAAAAACUACUGAAGUAUGACCACUAUCUGGUGCCAUUCACUCUGUUUGAGUUGGCAUUUUUGUAUAAAAGCCAAGGAGAAAUUGACAAGGCCAUAAAGGCCCUAGAAACUGCAAGAAGCAACUACAAAGAUUACUCCUUGGAGUCUAGACUACACUUCAGAAUUCAAGCAGCCCUUCAUCUCUGGAAAAAGCCAUCCUCAGACUGAUCGGCAUGCACAGGAUGGAACCCCCCAGAUAACAUGGACUCUUGCUGUGGAGAUCAGUCCUGGCCAAGGUGGAAGCAUAAGGGACUAUUGUCAGGCACUUCCUGUCUCCUGAGUGACUGCAUAUUUUCCCCUAUGGAAUGGCAUUCAAUAUUGUAUAGAAAUUCUUAUACUCUACCUUUAAAAGGCAUUUUACAUUAGAUUUCAAUUGAGGGGUGAAGUCUUUUAAAAGACUGACAGGUACAAUAAAGUCUAGUUAGAUUAUUUAUUUUUUUAAUGUGAAAAUUAAUAUUGUUCAAGUAGCAAAUGGCUUUGUAAGCUAAGCCAUUUUUAGAUUGGCUUGUCCUUUAAACUUCAGAAAUAUUUUAUUGCUUAGUAUUUAAAUCUCAGAGUGGAAAUAAAUAUCACAUCUGAAAUAGUAUAGCAGUGGGUUUCUGGAGCUUGGAAGAGAGAAGCAGAGGGCCCGAGGGGUGAAGUAUUAUUAAACCGAAGGACCUGCAUCUCUACAAGAUGAUGCAGUUGCCAGCUCUCGGGUUUCCACUGUCUCAGUGGUUGAAAUGGUGAUGUUUUUCAGAAACAGUCCUGUAUUUGAAUGUACUCAUAUCUGAUUCAGUAAUAGCAUUCAAUCAUACAGACACAUUUCUUAUAUAGCUGUGGGAAAGAAAAAGCUGUAUUUUAGAACUCUCUAAUCUUAGUGCUGAGCCUGAAAUAUAGACUAUCACUGCUUUUCUUAUAGGAAGGAAAAGUCCCUGUUUUAAGUGGUAUGUAAAAUAUCAGUAAUUUUUACAUUUAGAAUGUGGCUGGCCCAGCGCUAAUGUUUGUUGUUUUUGUUUUUGUUUUUUGACAUCUGUGCUGUGCUUUGGUUCUCUAUGAGUAGGAACCAGAACCAGAGCAUGGAGUUGGACACGCCAGACUCUGCUACUGGUGAGCAGAUGACCUUUCUGGAGUUCCCGUAUCUGUCAAUCACUGUGUCUUCCUCAUUUGUGUACUAGAAAAAGAACAGGUGACAUUAACGGUCUCUUUGAGUUUUAGAACCGUGAAUCUGUUGUGUAUUAGGUAUUUUCAACAAAGUUUAGCAUUUAAUCUACACCCUUCCCAUUUAGAAUGUUUUGUAGUAUUUUAUUUCAAUCCUCCUCCCUCUCCUCCCAAUCCACUGCCUAUAGCAGGUAUUACAGCUAAAGGCCAGAUUCCAUCUAGUAAGGAAAAACAGCUCAGGAGUCCAUGAAUCUGGGUUUUUGACUAGUUUACUUGUCUAGGUACACCAUUCCCAGGCAGAGCCCAGGUUUUGUAGUUGGGAGUCCCUCUCUGUUGAUGAAUAGUUAACAACACAAAACAAAUAACUUGCCCUUUCUAGGACUUGGGUUUUCCAGUGGGAAUAGCAAGGUAGCACUCUGCGCUCUAACAUUGGAUGGUACAUUUGGUAGCUUUCUGUACCCUGGGGAGGCCAUAUACAUAUGUGUGAGUCUGAUAAUUACAGCUCUUUGCAUGGAUUACAGUACCUAUAAAAAAGUAUCAGCUGCAUCUUUUGUCUCUGCUGUAAAAUGAAAUGAAUGUGGGCAUUCAGAAACUUCAGUUCAUGCAUUUAGCACCGACAGUAGCUCAAAUCAUGGAGUUGUUCCUCUGCCCCUUACUGCAGUUCCCAUGCUCAGCAGGCAUUGGUAUUGUGUUACUUAAGGUACCACUUCUUGAUCAACAUUCAGGAAACAUUUAUUGAAGAAGGUGAUAGGUACACUUUGAGUCAGAAGACGAUCCCUUCAAAUAAUAUGGGGGCAGAUAUCAUUAUGUUACAUUAAUAUGAAUUAUACAGCUAGCUACAGAUGGAAGGGGAAAUACAUUGUCAUGAUACUGUAGAAAUAUAUUCAAUAAUUAUAUAUAAAACUUUGAAGAAAAGUUUAUAAAUUUUUUUUGUUGUUUUUUUUUCGAGACAGGGUUUCUCUGUGGCUUUGGAGGCUGUCCUGGAACUCACUUGGUAUUCCAGGCUGGUCUCGAACUCACAGAGAUCCGCCUGCCUCUGCCUCCCAAGUGCUGGGAUUUAAGGCGUGCGCCACCAACGCCCGGCUAAGUUUAUAAAUUUUUUAGAAGAGCCUUGAUAACAUUAUCUUAAAACCAUAUAGUCAUAUUAUUAAAGUAUAUAGAUGGGUGUGGUAGCACAUUCAGUUAUUUAAUCCCAGCAUUUGGAAGGCAAGGGUAGGUAGAUCUCUGAGUUUGAGACCAGCUUGGUCUACAUAGUGAGUUUCAGGCCAGCCAGAGCUAUAUAGUUAAACCAUGUCUUCAAAAAGAAAACAAACAAAAAGAAUAUAUACCCAUAUUUUGUGAGAACUGUCAGAGCUUAUGGUCUGUAACAAAUUCCCAUUCUGGUAUAAAAUGAGAAAAAUUAAGCUUAAAAAUGACAUUUUAGGGGCUGGAGCGAUGGCUCAGUAGUGAAGAGCGCUUCCUGCUUUUCUAGAGGACCAGAGCUUUUUUCUCUGCACCCAUGGCAGGCAGUUCUCAACUGUGUAACUUCAGAAGACCCUGCUGGCCUCCAUAGCCACCUGAACAAGCGUGGCGUAUGCCCACAAAGAAGAAACACACAUACACAUAAGUAGAUAAUCAUUUUUAAAUGAUGACUUUUACAUUGUCAAACAAGUUCACUUGUGUCAGUUUUUGUUUUGUGGUUUUCUUGUUUUUAUUAUUCACAUACUUUUUGGCAGUUAGCAGUGUGGACCAUCUAUCUAGUGGCUUUAUAAAUGCUGCAAUAGAAUUAAUGCCGCAGACAUCUUAUGUAUUUCCUGUCGUGUUCAAGAUACUGUACCAGCACCAAUUUCUUAGCAUGUUUGUAAGGGUCAUCUUUUAAAAUCUGUCUUGUGAUUUAGGAUUUUUGUGGAGAGUAAGUGCCCAAGAGACAACAUUUUAUCUAAUUGUCUUUUUGAGAGGUACAGGUAGUGGGUUAGGUUUCCAGUGUGUCUAAUGACAGUUUAUAUAGAAAAAUGGCCUCUGUGUAUUUGUACAUAGUGAGUCAGUGUCUGGAUUGGUGCUUUGUAGACAUAAAGGUCAUGUUUCAGAGCUUUGGCGAGGAGGAGAGCCUGGAGGAUUGACCACACCAGCUCCUGUGUAUACUUGAACACUUGCUCUUCCUGUGUCUGAGACACAUUCCCAAGUUACAGAACAGACAGGGGCUUUGCAUCUAGGAGAAGACAGCGGGUAAGAGCUACAGGGAGAUAAUUCUAGAUUCCUAGGUGUAAAGGGCAAUCUCUAGCCAUUAGAGCAAUCUAACAGUCGAAUCAGCUCCUUGGAGAGGGGUGAGUUUAGAGUCCUGGGUGCCUGUCUUUCCUCCCUGAUCUGAGUGCCUGGGUUAAUUGAGUUGGAGGUCAGGUCAUUCUACAGUUUUUUGACCAGGGCUUAAAGCCUGUGGUGUGGAAGGGUAAAAAGUGAACGAGAAGUGCGUGUUCUUCUGUCAGUCACUCUGUCGUGAUGGGCACGUCAUGAUUGUGUAUUUCCUCCAUCCCCGUGAAGUCUGUUGGUCUUCUCGAGAUUGCCCCAUUCCCUGGAAAAUAAGAGUAAUUUAAAAAUAGUCCUUAGGACCAAGUGGAAAAAUCAAUUCUGGAAUUAUUCUGGUUAAUUCUCUAGACACUUCAUUUUUCCUGUUUCUUUCUAACCCUUUUUUGUAUUCCCUGUAUUCCUGGGUCUCCGAUUCUGGUGCAUUUAGUUGAGUUUAGUUAAUGCAGUUUCCGGCCAAUUGAAGUCCUAAACGUUUGUAAUUCAUCAGGAUCUUAGAAACUUGUUUUGUCCUUUUCACCCUUUGAAUGUAUUCUUCUUCUGCCCUCCUCUGUCAGGUGUACCAGCCACUUGUCAGCUGUGGCUGCUGCACUUGAAGCAAGCACGGGCAUGGGCGGUGGGAGCUUCUUUCUUGCCUGCAGCCGUUCUCGGAGGCUUCCUGGAUUCCUGCCCCUGGCAGUGUGGCAUUUGCGUGCUGCCUGCUGUGACUGCCCAUUUCUCAUCUGUCACAGCAUCUUGUUUCCAGCAUCUCCCAGCGGUUUAAGUGCCCGUAAGCUCUCGUCCUUCCUGUGUGUUUGGCAGAUGGACAUUGGCCUCCCCCACCUCAGGCCUCUGUGAACUCCUGUGUGCCCAUCUAAAAGUCCUUACUCCUAAGAUUGCUAGCUUAGCCUUAUUUUAUAAACUAUCUUUGCAUGUCACAAUAGUUAGGUCGAUUUCAGGAGUAGAAUAAUUUCUGAAAAAUUUAGUGAACCCUUUGUGGUACUUUUACAUUAUCAACAUGCUAACAUUGACCCUCAUAACUAGUCCAAUAUACUACUUAAAGAUUGUUAGGCACAAUUUAUCCACUUAAGGAAUAAAAUGGAAGAUGGUUUAUCUAAAUUUAAAUAUAUUAUGCCUUCCAGUUGCCUAUUACGACUAUUUUGAGUGUGUGUACAUUAUGACAUGCAAAAAUGUAAAUUUUAAUCUCUUAAGCACCUGUCAAUUAGAUACAGUGAUAGAUCUAAUGUAUCAAUAGACUGGUCUAUAGAUAAGUAAUAUAAAACAGUCUGUGUUGGCUAAUCCCUCAUGCCCCUGGAAGAGUGGAAGGGUUUUUCCAAAUUGCUCUCCCACAGCCCAAUUAUUUGCAUAUUUUUCUGUAUGUAGUAGAUUUCUAGAAUCCUGCCUCCCUAGUUCAUAUUUUGGUCUAUUGUAUAUUUGCUGUUAGCUUUCAUUAUUUUAGCAUGUUGAACUUGAAAUGUAAAGGGCCCAUCAGACUCUCAUCAAGGAAGUUGGAGUUUGUGUUGAGUGGCUACAUCUGAUCUGGACAGACUUUCAUAUGUGGGGACACAUUUAAGUCCAUUCCAGUGCAUUUACUUCAUUACUUCAGGAAGAAGUGACAGAGGAACUAUGUGUGUAUUGAGAUGGCUGAGCAGGUUCUCAGCCUGAACCAUUCAGAGGAUAUAUAGAGUAAGAAGACUAAGCCCCGUGCCCCCCUGUGUGCAGUACACAGUAACGUGUUCACCACAGUUACACUGCAACAUAACGGUGUGCAAAAAUCAAAGCGGAUGUCUCACUGUGUUUAAAUAAUAAAGACUUCUGUACAUGCCUGCAGCUUGAAUUUUAUUUUGCUUUAUUUGAUUAUUUUUGUGGUGCUAGAAAUGGAACCCCAUGGGCUGGUAUAUGUCUUGUAAGUACUCCAAUUGAAUAUCGAAUAGGAAAAAUCAAGGAACAGUAGUAACAGACUUACUGACAGUAAGCACAUAGUGCACCUUGUAUGUUAACUCAGUAGUUCUCUUUUUUUUUUUUUUGGUUUUUCGAGACAGGGUUUCUCUGUGGCUUUGGAGGCUGUUCUGGAACUAACUCUUGUAGACCAGGCUGGCCUCGAACUCACAGAGAUCCACCUGCCUCUGCCUCCCAAGUGCUGGGAUUAAAGGCAUGCGCCACCAACGCCCGGCUUAACUCAGUAGUUCUUAGACUGUAUAACUAAAGGAUAAACUUGGGACAUGUGCAUAUUACAUUGGGCACGCUUUAACUUUUUUAUUGCACCUUAACUUUUUUUUCCCUUUAGGACUGAAUUAAAGGUCUUAUUUGUUUGGAUACCAAAAGAAGAUAGAAAUUGUUUUCAGUGGAACAGAAUAUUACUUGCAUUUAUUUUUGAAGGAAUUGCAUCACUUUGAGCUUCUGCUUGAGGAAUUAUACAGGCUUUUAACUACAGUCUUGCCUUUAAUAGAGUAGAAUGCGCAGGCUGCAAUUUUGGAGAUAGUAAAUGAGUAUAAAUAAGUCUUCACAAAUUCCCUGAUUUCCUGAAGUGUUUUUUUUUUUCUUCCCUACAGUAGACAGAUACAUGCUUUCCAUAUGGCUCUCUCCUUGCCCAAGCCUGUCCCAGGGCAUAAACCAAGGGUCCUGACACUCUGCUAAGUAAGCACUGGACCACCGAGCACCCAGCCCAGGUGAUUUAUGUUUAAGGAAGUAAUUUACAUGAAGAGAGAGAUUGUGGUAAACACUUUAAAUCUCAGGCUUGUGGUUCUAUUUAAUGAUGUAAGAAAAUAGCACUGUUGGGUCCAGAUUACCCAAGGUUUACAGAGACAGACAUGUGCUAUAUAGGAAGGCACUUAGCAGUUAACAGUGUGCUGCACUCAGUCACUGUGUCAUGGGGAUUCUAGGGCUGAGUGCUUAUUUCUUUCAUCAUUUUUCUUUUUGCUGACUGUUAGUAUCUGAACACCUGAAUGAAUAUUAACUGUGUCUUUAUAGAUUACUAUUUUAAAAUAUUUAUUGCAGAUGUUCAUAGAAUACUUAAUUUUUGAUGCAAGUUAUAUACAAAGGCAUAUAUAUAUUUAAUAAUUGAGAUGUAUUAUUUUAUUAUACAACUUAUUUCCAAAGCAAGUUUACUUUAUGGAUGUUUGUCUUUUGAGAUUUUUUUUUUUUUUUGCCUCAAAAACACAAAAAAUAAGCCUGUCUUCUCUCUGGCUUGUAAGAGGCCUUUAUGGUAACAUUUGCUUUUCACUUAUUUUUGGAUUAAGCAAAAUGAAGGCAACUGUAAGCCAAUUUGGAGUUUCCAGUUGAACCAGUUGGGCUCCCAUCUGUACUUAGGAUUCAGUGUUGUGCUGGUCAGACUUGGUGGUGUCUUGUGUCGGCCUCCUUUCCUCAUGGUUAUUUGAGCAUGGUCUUAUGCAGUUCAUUCUCAGCAGUCAGUCUUACAGAGGAAAACCACUGUAGAACUUGAAGAGGUUAGGACUCUUUGUAAAGUGAAUGUGUUAUUAAUAUCCAUCUAAUCAGUGGGUUAGGUUCAGUUCCAAGGGAGGGAAAGAGACCAUUUAGUCAAGAAGGAUUAAGGAAAGUGUGAACUGUAGUUUUCUUGUGUUCCCAUGACUUCGUAUGCUGAUUUUGUGUUAAUGGUAUCAUCUGUGAUGUGUAGUGAAUGUAGUUGAAGAUUUAAAUUUUCAACAUGAAGACAACAGUUCCUGUUUCUAUUUUUACAAUUUAGACAGUUUUGAAAACAGAUGUCAUAUUAGAAAUUGUAUUUUUAAGUGCAAAUAGAUCAAUUUGAAAAUCAGUGUUUCCUUUCCCCUCCUUUGUACCUUCUAGGAGACUCUGUGUUAUCAAAUACAUAUUUAAGUUGCCAGGUUGUUUUCAGAAUUCUAUAUUUUCAUAUUGCUAUAACCAGGUUACCUACAAUGUGCAAUUGCUUUGUUAUUUAAAUAAAUGACACUUGAUGGAA